AGGUGAGUGGGUGGGGGUGCGGGGUGGCGGUGGCGGCCGCAGGGCCUCCAGGCCUGCGCGGACCCGGCCGAGGCGGAGGCCGCGGCCCGGCGUCGCCUCCUCGUCCCUGCUGUGGCCGCGGCCUGCGACGCCCCGCAGCCCCUCGCGGUGACCCCAGACUCGGGCUCCGGGCACACAAUCUGCACGCCGCUGCUCCCCCGCAGUUUGUCAGAUGCCGGUCUCCCACCUCUGCCAUGCUGGAGAUUCUCACUUCUGCAUCCCAAACCGCUCCGGUUCCCAAGCUUCCGAAGGCUCCCAGCCGCUGAGCUCCCCAGGCUGUGACAAUUCCAGGCUCUUCGUUCCUGCUAGGACCCCCGUCUGCACCCCAGCCCGGUUGAUCUUCCCAAGGCCUGGGGCCACACCCCCGUUGCUCACCCUGACUGCUGGGACCUGUUGCUUGGGUUGGCUACCUUGGAUACCGGGGCAGGUCUAACAGCAUCUUAUCCGGCUCUGAAGCCCCCCACCCCGUGUUUAUUCCGCCCAGCGGCCCUAUUUUACCAGGUGGGAAGGAAGGCUUGAUUGGGCCUUGCGGCCUAACAGCUGACCUGAGAGCAGGGCUGGUGGCCAGCUUAAUCUCACCCUCAGGCUCACGUACCGUCUUCAUGGUACGGUUCUGCAGAAGAACUAGUCAAUCAACACCAUGCCUCGGUUUCCCUCGUUGAGUGUGUGCCGAGCAGGUGUGCUGUAACUGGCCCCCUCCUUCUCCCGCUGACUGCUUUUUAAGCCAAGGUCUGUGCACAUUCUAUGGACUCACCCUGGAAGAACAAAAAGAUUUGAAACUGAUACAAAGUCAUGAAGAACUGGGGAGUGAUCGGUGGGAUUGCCGCUGCCCUGGCAGCAGGGAUCUAUGUUAUUUGGGGUCCCAUUACAGAGAGGAAGAAGCGGAGAAAAGGGCUUGUGCCUGGCCUUGUCAAUCUGGGGAAUACCUGCUUCAUGAACUCGCUGCUGCAGGGCCUGUCUGCCUGCCCUGCGUUUGUCAAGUGGCUGGAAGAGUUUACCACCCAGUACUCCAGGGACCAGCAGGGGCCACACACUCACCAGUGCCUGUCCUUAACACUGCUGAACCUCCUGAAAGCUCUGUCCUGCCAAGAAGUCACCGAGGACGAGGUCUUGGACGCCAGCUGUCUGCUGGACGUCCUGAGAAUGUACAGAUGGCAGAUCUCGUCCUUUGAGGAGCAGGAUGCUCACGAGCUGUUUCAUGUCAUCACCUCAUCACUGGAGGACGAGAGAGACCGCCAGCCUCGAGUCACCCACUUGUUUGAUGUGCAUUCCCUGGAGCAGCAGUCAGAAAUGGCUCCCAGACAAGUCACUUGCCACACGAGAGGGUCCCCUCACCCCACGACCAAUCACUGGAAGUCUCAGCACCCUUUCCAUGGAAGACUCACCAGUAACAUGGUGUGCAAACACUGUGAACACCAGAGUCCUGUUCGGUUUGACACCUUUGACAGCCUUUCUCUCAGUAUUCCAGCUGCCACUUGGGGGCACCCACUGACACUGGACCACUGCCUUCACCACUUCAUCUCAUCAGAGUCCGUGCGAGACGUUGUGUGUGACAACUGUACAAAGAUUGAAGCGAGGGGGACACUGACCGGGGAGAAGGUGGAGCAUCAGAGGAGCACCUUUGUUAAACAGUUAAAACUCGGAAAGCUGCCACAGUGCCUCUGCAUCCACCUGCAGCGGCUCAGCUGGUCCAGCCACGGCACGCCCUUGAAGCGGCACGAGCACGUGCAGUUUAACGAGUUCCUGAUGAUGGACUUCUACAAGUACCGCCUCCUGGGACACAAGCCCAGCCAGCAUGGCCCCAAAGCCACCGAGAACCCAGGGUCUGCCCCAGAAGUACAGGACGCACAGGCGGCCCCAAAGCCAGGUCUGAGUCAGCCAGGGGCCCCCAAGACACAGAUUUUUCUGAAUGGCGCCUGCUCCCCGUCUCUGUUGCCAGCCCUGCCUUCCCCGGUGGCCUUCCCUCUGCCAGUGGUUCCUGACUACAGCUCCUCCACAUACCUCUUCCGCUUGAUGGCAGUUGUCGUUCACCAUGGAGACAUGCACUCUGGACACUUUGUCACCUACAGACGGUCACCACCUUCUGCCAAGAACCCUCUCUCAACCAGCAACCAAUGGCUGUGGAUUUCUGACGACACCGUCCGCAAGGCCAGCCUGCAGGAGGUCCUGUCCUCUAGUGCCUACCUGCUGUUCUAUGAGCGAGUUCUGUCCAGGGUGCAGCAGCAGGGGCGAGAGUAUAGGUCUGAGGAGUGACAGGCCAGCCCAGAGCCAGGGCCCAUGGUGAGGUCCACACUGUCCAGGAUAAAAGCAAAGGCAUGCCACGUGUACACGUGCAAGCCAGCCCUCUAGAGCCCUCAGCCUUCUGUGUAUUCUGAGAGCAGGCUCCACAAGGGAGCCAGACCCACACAGCACUGCCAGGGUGAACUGGAAGAUGUCCUGUGUGUCUAGAGCGUCUUACCUGACAGAGGCAAUGAAAAGAAGCAGAUCCCAGAAGCCACCUUUUCUCUGCUGUAAUAUGCUAGGUGUUCUCAGAGGGCAGCCUUUGGCUAGCCCCUGACAUUUCACCAUAGAUAUUUAUUUUUAAUAAGGAGGCCCGUAAAUAUUAUUGACAAGAAUUAGUGAAAUUAUUAAAGGCAACAAUUGAGAAGAAAAAGUGCCUUUGUUUCCCAUUGUUGUGAGACCAAGCGUGACCUGAGAGUCACAGCUGUGACGCUGGGAAAGCCUUGUCCUUCCAGGCUCCUCAGAGGCCAAAAGAAUAGUUCAAGAAUGCCUAAAACAGUGUGGUGGCUCAACCUGGCAUCCCAGCACGUGGAGACUGAGGCAGGAGGAUCACUGCAAGUUCUAGGCCAGCCUGGGCUCCAUCAUUAAAACCUUAUCUCCUCCCAAAGCCUCAAGACACCUCCCACCUCUGGGGACGCCUUUUGUAAUCUCGAGUUCCCUGUGCCGCCCACGGAGGACCAGGAGUGAUCACUCUUCCUGAGCUGUGUCAUCUGCACCUCUGAUCCGCUUCGGAAGAUGGCUCGCUUCCUGUUAGUAGUUGCCCACGACAGGGUUUACAGGCCAGAACCUGGGCAGGGUGACCUGACAGCUGGGGUAGGAAGAGCAGGCCCUAACCCAGGGUGGCAGUCUCUCUGGACCUUGCUUUCUCAGUCAGCCUACGGUAAGGACGGAAGCAGCAUGAUACCUGAGCAGAAGUGGAGCAAAAUCCUGCAGUUUGGCUUUAGGGCCAUGCUCUAAGAGUGUGUGACUCUCAUGGUUUCAAUAAGCAAACGGUACACUGGGCCUCUCCCCUUUCCAGACUAGCCUCAUGGACAGCCAGGGGGGGAUCGUGACGGCACUGACGUACCUAGAUGUUAGCUAAGUGUGUAAUUAAAAAUGAUACCAAAUUCAAACUGACUCUUCUGGUCUAAGGUUUGGAACCUGACCUAUCCAAAGGUCACUGAGGUAAGGCCAAGGAUGUGUUUUCUCUGCCGGGGGUGAGCUGGCAGACAUUCCAGAUGUGCCUAGGCAUCAGCUAUGAGAUCAGAUCUCACUGUGCAUACUGAGGACUUGAGACUCUGAGACUAUGCUGUGCUGGACUCCACGACACAGCAGCCCCACAGACCUGGCUUCCGGGCUGAGAUGAACACAAAAGCCGGCAGUCACUUGUGACCAUAGAGCACCGUGCAGGGCUGUGGGCCCCAGGCACCAGUCCUGCUGCUCCUGAGGUGGCUGAGAGGACAAUUGUGUGCGUGAGCCGCUGUAGAUGUGUCACCCUGACCGAGCGCUAAUGUCCUUCCUCAUUUUGUAAAUUAUUACAUUAGGUAAUGACCAAUGAUGGCUCCUAGUUUUAAGUUCUUCACAGUAGGCACCUACUUCCCGGAGAAACGUAAGCUAAGCUAGUACUUCCGCCGUAGGCUGCCGAGUGUGGACUUGCUGAAGCCUUUGUACCUGCUGAGCACUACUGCAAUAAAGACGGUUUUGUUAGGAAACAGC